CACAAGGAGCCGGUCCAAGAUGGAGAGCGUGACGGAGGGGAGGUGGGAGUCUCUGCCCGUCACGCUCAGCCCGGGCGUCCUGCAGACCCUGCGGGAGCUGGGCUUCCCCCACAUGACCCCCGUGCAGUCUGCAACUAUACCUUUGUUUAUGAACAAUAAAGAUGUUGCUGCGGAAGCGAUAACAGGCAGUGGCAAAACAUUAGCUUUUGUAAUUCCCAUAUUAGAAAUUCUCCUCAGACGGGAAGAAAAGUUAAAGAAAAUGCAGGUUGGAGCCAUAGUCAUCACACCCACAAGAGAGUUAGCUGUUCAGAUUGAUGAAGUGCUAUCACAUUUCACAAAACACUUCCCCCAAUUUAGCCAGAUUCUUUUGAUUGGUGGUAGGAAUCCAGUGGAAGAUAUUGAAAAGUUCAAAGAACAUGGUGGGAACAUCAUUAUAGCCACACCGGGCCGUCUGGAGGAUAUGUUCAGAAGAAAAGCAGAUGGGCUGGAUUUAGCAAGUUGUGUGAAAUCCCUUGAUGUGCUGGUAUUGGAUGAAGCAGACAGACUUCUAGAUAUGGGAUUCGAAGCAAGUUUAAAUACCAUUCUGGACUUUUUGCCCAAGCAGAGACGAACAGGCCUGUUCUCAGCAACUCAAACUCAAGAAGUAGAGAACCUGGUGAGAGCAGGUCUCCGAAAUCCUGUCCGCAUCGCAGUGAAAGAGAAGGGAGUGGCAGCAAGUAGCACUCAGAAAACACCCACACGGCUUGAAAAUUACUACAUGAUAUGCAAAGCAGAUGAAAAAUUUAAUCAGUUGGUGCAUUUUCUUCGACAACACAAGCAGGAAAAACAUCUGGUCUUUUUCAGUACCUGUGCCUGUGUGGAAUAUUAUGGGAAAGCUCUGGAAUCCUUUGUUAAAAAUGUGAAAAUAAUGUGCAUUCAUGGGAAAAUGAAACAUAAACGUAACAAGAUAUUUACCGAGUUUCGGAAACUCCCAAGUGGCAUUUUAGUUUGCACUGAUGUGAUGGCCCGUGGCAUAGACAUUCCAGAAGUAAACUGGGUUUUACAGUAUGAUCCACCGAGCAGUGCAAGUGCCUUUGUGCAUCGCUGCGGUCGAACAGCUCGAAUUGGCCAUUUAGGCAGUGCGCUUGUGUUUUUGCUUCCCAUGGAAGAAUCUUACGUAAAUUUUCUCUCAAUAAACCAAAAGUGUCCCAUGCAGGAAAUGAAACCACUGAAAAAUGUGGUAGAUGUUCUUCCAAAACUGAAGACUCUGGCUCUGGCUGACAGAGCCAUGUUUGAGAAAGGGAUGAAAGCAUUUGUAUCUUGUGUGCAGGCCUAUGCCAAACAUGAGUGCAAUCUUAUCUUCCGAAUAAAAGAUCUGGACUUCGCUAGUUUUGCUCGAGGUUUUGCCCUGCUGAGGAUGCCAAAGAUGCCUGAACUAAAAGGAAAGUGUUUUUCAGACUUUGUUCCUGUCACUAUUGAUACAGACUCCAUUCCCUUCAAAGAUAAAAACAGAGAAAAACAAAGGCAAAAGCUGUUAGAGCAGCAAAGAAAGGACAGACAAGAAAAUGAAGGCAAAAGAAAAUUUAUAAGGAAUAAAGCCUGGUCAAAGCAGAAAGCCAAAAAGGAGAAGAAAAAGAAAAUGACAACAAAAAGGAGAAGAGAAGAGGGCUCUGAUAUUGAAGAUGAGGAAAUGGAGGAGCUGCUGAAUGACACACGACUUUUGAAAAGGUUAAAAAAGGGUAAAAUUAGUGAGGAAGAGUUUGAGAAGAGGCUGAUGAGCAGUGAGAGAAAAGUCAAAGCUGUGUUUGACUCAGAGUCUGAAGACUGACAAUCCUGCUUCAAGUGUCUCUCCCUGAAGAUGCCUCUCAUUUUAGUAAAGCUGUACUUUUACACAAAGCCACUUCAUGCUGUGCUCUGCACUGUUAGUACUUAUGGAAGCCAAGGCUGUUUUAUAGGUAACUAUGUGCAUAUAGCAGAAUCUCUGCAGUCUCUACUGGGGGCACAAGCAUAGCUACACCUUUGAAGACAGAACUAAAUCAGACUGCGGUUCCAAAACUGAAUGCUUUGAGUAAGAAAUGUAGAAUUCAGUUAUCAGGUGUCUGGUGGAUUCUUUUUGUUCAGAUGUGUACCUAACAUAUCUGGAAUCAUUAAGUAAUUUUUAAACUUG